CUGUCUGCAUCAUGCUGUACUUCCAGCUGGUGAUCAUGGCCGGGACUGUCAUGCUGGCCUACUACUUCGAGUACACCGACACCUUCAGCGUGCACGUGCAGGGCUUUUUCUGCUACGACACCACGUACACCAAGCCGUACCUGGGACCGGAGGACCGCAGCGCCGUGCCGCCCGUGCUGCUCUACGCCCUGGUGGCGGGGCUGCCCACGCUGCUGAUCACAAUCACAGAGACGGUGCUGUUCCUGGUCCAGUACACAUCCAAAGAGUUUGACCGGUCAGAGAAGACCGUGGCCACUGGGGACUGCUGUUACCUCAACCCACUGGUGCGCAGGACCUUCCGCUUCCUCGGAGUCUACACCUUUGGCCUCUUCACUGUUGACAUAUUUGUCAAUGCAGGCCAGGUAGUGACAGGGAACCUGGCGCCCUACUUCCUGACGGUCUGUAAGCCCAACUACACGGCGCUGGGCUGCCAGCAGGCCCUGCGCUACAUCAGCCACCAGGAGGCCUGCACCGGGAACCAGGACGACAUCCUGCGCGCCCGCAAGACCUUCCCAUCCAAGGAGGCGGCGCUCAGCGUCUACGCCGCACUCUACCUGGCUAUGUAUGUGACGUGCACGGUGCAGGCUAAAGGCACCCGUCUGGCCAAGCCGGUCCUGUCUCUGGGGCUCAUGUGUCUGGCCUUCCUCACCGGCCUGAACCGCGUGGCUGAGUACCGCAACCACUGGUCGGACGUCAUCGCCGGCUUCAUCAUCGGCACCGCCAUCGCCACGUUCCUGGUGGUGUGUGUGGUCCAUAACUUCAAAGGAAAGUUACUGCUGAGUGAGGAGUCUCCAGCAGAGCAGAGGACCAACACAGCCAUGUUGAACAUGGGCCGCAUGGAGAGUCCUCUGGAGAAAUAUAUCGCCUCACAGAAUCACAUCGCCUUCGCUGAGGUCACAUGACGUGGAGUCGGCUGUGUGGCAAACCCAUUGGACGUCCACGCUCUUCACCGUCCAAUCCAAUUAAAUCAGAGUGCAGCGCUUUCCCCAUUCUCUGUGUGUGUCUGGUCUGGUACGUUGUUCUACGUUGUCUUUAUCAGGACCCUGUUGUCAUUUGCAGCUUCUUGUAUCUAAGGGAAGAAAAAAAAAAAAAAAAGAAAGAAAGAAGAGUCAGUAACCCAGCAGGCCAGGUUGCUUCUGCCUCUCCAUCUAUGCACUUAUUCUGAAUUCUUUGACUCUCACCUCCCAAACGAAGCUUGUUGUGAGGUGACUGGUUGCACACUGUGGGACACUCGAAGAACAAGUGAACAACUCGAUUUCACCACCUCAACUCAGCCAAGGUCUAAUAUCUCCUCCUGCUUUGGUUUGGUUAUGUUGUGUGUAAUAAAAUAACUGGAAGUAAUGAAAGUUGAAGUAAAAUGUGUGUCCAAAGAAAAGAAAAACCCUCUCUUGUUAUGUUGCUAAAGUUCUGUCUGUGCAUUUAUGACAUCACCUUCAUAACAAUUAGGGGGGGGAGGGGCUGUGAAUAUAUGACAUUGACUGCUGAGCCCAUAUUUAUCAAAGUUACUGAACUGCUGCACUUGAAUGACAGAUAUAACUAAACAUAUUCUAAAUGUAUUUAACCCUUUAUCGGGCAAAGAACUAUAUUUGGUAACUUCGGGUAAUAUUUCGAGAAAAAAGUGGCAAAUUUACUAGAUUAAAGUGGCAAAUCUACAAGAAAAAAAGUCGCAGAUUUAAGAGAUUCAAAG